UGUUUUAAGAAUAUACAAGAGAAAUGGGUGAUCAAAAUUUGGAAGAGAAGGCUAAUGAUCAUGAUCAUCACAAUUAUCAGAAGAUCCUGAUCAUCACCAAAUCAACGACUGUGAGAGUCUCAUUUCGCAUAAUCACACAAACCCUACUAAGCCUUUUACUCCCUCUGGCUUUUCUCAACCUAGCAAAGAUUGUUUUCUCUCGUUUUCUCCUAAGCCAGCUAGCCCUAAUAACACCAACCUCUUCUUCUCAAUAUCCCAAUUACUCUCCUGUUUUUGAUCUCCACACCCCAAACCUAGCUAUCCUCUAUCUCAUAGUCUCCACCAUAAGCCUCGCAACACUCCUCCGCACCCUAACCUAUGAUAAACUCACUACUAGUCUCAUCACCACCACUGCUCUAGGGCAUUACGUAGCAUGGAUUUUCCUUCUGACUAUGCAAGUUUCCAUUGGUUUAGGGUUAGGGAAUAACGACUUAUUGUUAGAUAGUACUAUUACUAAUAGCGAUUAUUUGAUCUCAAGCGUGCUCAUCCGUACGGACAGGACUUUGUAUAGUAAAGCAAUAUUUUUUCUUGGUUUGCAUGAGAGUACGAUUCAUUGGUCAAAGCUAGUGGUGGAGCCGGUGGUAAACGACGCUAGUUUCGGUGUCGUUUGGAGAAAAGAAGAUAUGGUGAAGAGAGUUAUGAUGAGUAUUGGGUUUUGGUGUUUGUGGUGUUAUUUGGGGUUGAGAGAAGAGGUUGAGGGUUUGGUGUUUGUGGCUGAGGCUAAGUGGAAAUUGUUUGAUAUGGAUUUGGGAAUGGCUGACUUUGUUGGGUGGUGGUUGUAUUACAUGACGGUGAUGAUUGGAGUUGUGAAGGUCGUCAAGGGACUUGUAUGGGUCGCCAUGUCUCUUUUCUAUUAUUGCUUGAGAGUAACAAUAAAUAAUAAUGGAGUUGGAAUGUCAUCAUCAUCAUCAUCCGAUGAGGCUGAGCCAUUUUUUUUGGAUAUUGAUGACAAAGUCUGAGUUGGGUAUUUAAAAGUCAACUUAUUUUUAUGUACACAUUGUAUAAACCUUCCAAUGUUGUAUAAUUUAUAACGUCCCAACUAUGAAA